GGCAACGACCUCAAAAACACACGCUGAGACGCCCCAACCAGUCUAAACAGGAUCAACGUUUCCAUCGCGAAGCCUCGGUCCAUGUGCACUUUUUUUGUUGAAGAACUGCGGUUGCUAUCGAUACUGAUGCACUAGCGGACCCACAUUGUACCGCGGGCGGUGAGGAAGGCUGUGAAGCUCUCUGCGAACUUUUUAUUUCAAUGGUACUCGCUGAGAAACUUCUUCCACCUCAUUCCCGUACAACCGCCAAUCCCCCGGCUGUGCAACUCUUUACCUCGACUCUUCGCAUAUUUCUUAGUUGCGAACACCCUUUCGACUUUGCAUAUUCAGAAACACCACAUAACCUCCAAGAUGCCUUCCGCAGUUCCUGCAGGCGUCUACGGGCGUCGCAUUCCCGUUGGCGGCCUGCCCAUUCCCGCUGCCGUCGACCCUUCUGCUGCAUUCCGCAUCACCAUGGCCGCCAUUGACCCCAGCGCUGAGCCCCAGAUCGACGAGGAGCACAAGGUUCCUCGCGCAACUCUGAGGAUCAUCCGCGUGCCCAUGGACCUCGAUGACGAGGAUGACGAGGAGGAUGACGAGGACUUUGACGGCGAGGAUGUCGAGAGCAUCAUUGCCAAGCUGCGCGCCGGCGGUGUCGCUCUUCCCGAGGAGGACGAGGACAGCGAGGACGAGAGCGACGAUGAGGCCAACGGCGGCCCCAGCGAUAAGGCCAAGUCCAAGAAGGCCAAGCAGGCCGCUCUCAAGAAGAAGCUUGCUCAGGAUCUCGCUGAGGACGAGAUGGAGAUUGACGCCGUCAACGGCAAGGGCAAAAACAAGAUCUCUGCCGAUGAGGACAGUGAUGAGGACGACCUUGACGACGAGGAUGAGGACGACGAGGAGGAGGACGAGGUCGAGGAGUUCGUUCUGUGCACUCUCGACCCUGAGAGGAACUACCAGCAGCCGCUCGACAUCACCGUCCGCGAGGGCGAGGAGGUCUACCUCCAGGUUGACGGCACACACGACGUUUACGUCACCGGUAACUACAUUGCUUUCCCCGAGGAUGAUGACGAGGAUGAGGAGGACGAGUACGAUGAGGAGUACGAUCUCUCCCCCGAUGAGGAUGAGCUCGACCUCGACGAGAUGGACGAGUCCGAGGAGGACGAGCUUGACGGUCUUGAGAACCCCCGCAUCACCGAGGUCGAUUCUGAGGAGGAGGCCCCUAAGCUCGUCGAGGGCAAGAAGGGCAAGAACAAGAACAAGCGUGCCGCCGAGGCCGAGAGCCUUGAUGAUCUGAUCAGCAAGGCUGCGACCAACGGUGAGCAGAAGGCUGCCAAGAAGGUCAAGAAGAACGAUGGCCAGGCCGUCGCCGCCGCCCAGGAGACCGCAAAGAAGGCUGAGAAGGUUGAGACCCCCAGCAGUGAUAAGAAGAAGGUACAGUUCUCCAAGAACCUCGAGAUGGGCCCCACUGGCUCGCCCAGGGUUGACGAGAAGAAGGAAGCCGCAAAGCCCGCCGCAAAGGGACCCCGCAACGUCAGCGGUGUCACCGUCGACGACAAGAAGGAGGGCAAGGGCAAGGCCGCCAAGAAGGGCGACCGUGUCGAGAUGCGCUACAUCGGCAAGCUGAAGAACGGCAAGGUCUUCGACUCCAACAAGAAGGGCAAGCCUUUCGCCUUCAAGCUUGGUGUCGGCCAGGUCAUCAAGGGCUGGGACGUCGGUGUCGCUGGCAUGACUGCUGGUGGCGAGCGUCGCCUCACCAUCCCCGCCGCCAUGGCCUACGGCAAGAAGGGCGCCCCCCCGGACAUUCCCCCCAACUCCGACUUGAUCUUUGACAUCAAGUGUAUCUCGGUCAACUAAGCGUUCGCUUACGCGCAUGCUUAGAACCGGGCCCCGCCCCCUCUUGUACAAUGCCGUUACGCUCCACUCGCGUGCAUAAGUACGUCUCCUUUUUGAAUUUCCCUGCAUAAGCGCUGUCUGAGAUAUCCGACUUGCAUACUGGGCGUAGAUGUGCGAGGAGGACGGAUUUCUCGCACGAGCAUGCAUGUCUUUUCCUAUCUGUCUGAUCAUCUAGCGAGGCGUGGACACGCUGAGGAAGCUACUAGAAAAGUAAUGGAGUUCCGGAUAGUUGUGUAGUAAAUCGAUUGAUCAAGUCUAUUUAUUCAGUGUAUCGUUGGGUGACAGCUUGGUGUGGUUCCGAGGUCGAUGCAUGAUGCCCAGCUUCGCCAGGCCGUUCACGUGACAGCGCCCAGCGCUCAAUCGGCUAUUAUUUCAUGUAUCGCACCCAAC